AUGUCUGUCGAAGCUCGCGGCCGUUUGGCCGGCAAGAACGCCAUCAUCACCGGCGCUGCCGGUGGCAUUGGUCUUGAGACGUCAAUUCUCUUCGCUAAAGAAGGCGCUAGUAUCCUAAUGGCCGACAUCUCGGCGCCGGCACUCGAGCGGGCCAAGGCCAAGAUCGAGCAGCUGGUUCCCAACGCAAAGCGAGUCGAGACAAUGACCUGUGACGUCUCCAAAGAGCCCCAGGUGCAGGCCAUGGUCGAGUCGGUCGACUCGUGGGGCGGAGUGGACGUCAUCUUCAACAACGCGGGUAUCAUGCACGCGAAGGACGACGACGCGAUCGGGACGCCCGAGGAGAUCUGGGACCUGACGCAGGCCAUCAACGUCAAGGGGGUUUGGUUCGGCUGCAAGCACGCGGUGCUGUCGCUGCGCCGGCACGCCAAGGCCAAGGGUAGCAUCAUCAACACGUCGUCGGUGGUGGCGCUGGUGGGCUCGGCAACGCCGCAGCUCGCCUACACGGCCAGCAAGGGCGCCGUGCUGGCGCUGACGCGUGAGCUGGCCAUUGUGCACGCGCGCGAGGGCUUCCGCUUCAACAACUUGUGCCCGGCCCCGCUCAACACGCCGCUGCUGCAGGACUGGCUGGGCGACGACCAGGCCAAGCGCCAGCGCCGCGAGAUCCACUUCCCCGCUGGUCGCUUCGGCGAGGCCAUCGAGCAGGCCCAGGCCGUGCUGUUCCUGGCUAGCGACGAGAGUAGCUUCGUCAACGGCCACGACUUUGUCGUCGACGGCGGCAUGACCAAGGCCUACGUGACGGCCGAGGGCCCCGCCCCGGCCGCUCCUCAGAACAAUGCCCUCAAGAGCAGCCUCGACUAG